AUGGGAAAAGAAGAAAACAAUGACCCCAAAGAUGUUCAAAGAAAAGGAAAAGCCAAGAUUCAACUCAAAAGAAAUAUAGGUUAUUUUGAUGGGGUAAGUUUUAUUGUAGGAUCAAUUGUUGGAGCUGGGAUCUUUGUGUCUCCCACAGGGGUGUUAAAACAUUCCUUACUCAAUGUUGGCGUUGCACUAACGAUCUGGACCGCAUCUGGGCUGGUUUCUCUGAUGGGUGCCCUCUGCUAUGCGGAGCUGGGAACCGCUCUGCCCUUCUCCGGAGGAGAGUACAGCCACAUUAAAAGAGGCCUUGGAUCCCUACCCGCCUUCGUGUUUAUCUGGACAGCAACGUUCACCAAGCCAGCAUCAAAUGCUGCUCGAGCCUUGCUGUUUGCUGAAUAUGCCACACAGCCAUUCUAUGGCAUUUGUCCUGCACCAGAUGUGCUGAAGAAGUGCUUGGCCUUGGCCGUUCUCUGGUCCCUGGGGAUUUUAAAUGGCCUCAGCGUCAAAAUGUCUGCGUGGGUGCAGACAGUUUUCACUCUGCUGAAGAUGAUGGCCUUGUCUGUGAUUGCUGUUGGUGGCAUAGUUCUCCUCGUUACCAGGCAAAAGGAGAGUCUGGCCAGGUUUGAGGACAUGUUCAGCUCAGAGAUCCCCAACGCCUCACAGAUUGCCGAAGCCUUCUUCCAGGGGCUGUACGCGUACGGCGGCUGGUGGUCCCUCAACUACAUGGCAGAGGAGAUGAAACGUCCCAGCAGAAAUAUCCCCUUAACUGUGAUGACUGCUGUUCCUGCAGUAAUUGUUUUUUAUCUACUAGUGAACAUCUCAUAUCUGACUGUCCUCACACCUAAGGAAAUUGUCUCCUCAGUUGCCGUGGCAGUCACCUGGGCUGAUCGAGUGAUCCCCUCUGUUGCCUGGAUCAUUCCUCUCUCUGUUGCUGUCUCAAUAUUUGGUGCCCUCAACUGCAGCAUGUUCACACUCGGUCGAUUAAGCUAUGCUGGAAGUCAGUCAGGACAUUUACCUCUUUUAAUAUCCAUGCUUAAUGUCCACUCCUGUACACCAGCACCAGCCAUGAUUUUUUCAACCACCAUUGCAUCCAUUUUUAUCAUCCCCUCUGACCUUAUUAUGCUAACAAAUUACUUUGGAUUUUCUGCCUGGCUUAUGACUGGAUUGACUUGUGCAAGCCUGAUUGUACUUCGAUACCGGGAACCUCAUCUACACCGACCAUACAAAGUGUUUUUACCAGUUCCAUUUAUGAUGGUGGCAAUGUCUUUCUUCCUAGUUCUAGCUCCCAUGGUCUGGUCUCCAAACAUGCAAUAUGUUUAUGCUUUCCUGUUCAUGCUUGGAAGUCUCAUUAUUUAUCUGCCCUUUAUACAUUUUAAAUUGCAUUUUCCAUUUCUUGAUAAAAUUACUUGCCACCUACAGCUCCUGUUAGAAGUCUGUCCUGCUGAUGGACCUGCUGAGGGCAAAUGUGAAUAA